UCGGAUCACGCGCACUCUCUCUUCUCCUUCCUCUUCAACCACCACACGCUUUCUCUAUUCUUCUUUCCUCUUUUUCCACAGUUACUGCUUCCAAAAUUUACUUUAAUUAUGCUUCUAUAGUUUAUUUAUAUGCUUGCCAUCCAAUAUGCCAAAGCAUUUCAUAAAUUAUCAUUUCUGAUUCUUCACGUUUUCCCCGUGAUCUUAGAUGCUUAUAUAUCAUAUAUCACGGUGAGUGAGUUUUCGUCAUCGUUUCGAUAGGUUCCGAGACGAUCACCCGCCUAAUAUUCAGUGAUUUUAAUUUAUUUAGCAAACUGUAAGUUGUGAAUUCAACAUGCCGUUUAGUUGGAAGACUAAGACCCUGUGUAAUGGGGCGUUUUUUUUAAAAAAAAUUCAAAAAAAACGCUUGAAAACGCCCAUGUACCAUUACAUGGGGCGUUUUUUUAAGCAAAAAAUCAAAAAAUGCCCCUUUAGCGUUUUAUAAACCACGCCCAACACCCUUUGCCUUUGUCCAAUCAGAUUUCAUCCCCCUUGUCCUAUCCAAUAAGAUUUUUUCUUUUUUUUUUCUUUUUUUUAUUUAAUGCCCCAAUAAUGCCCAAUAAUGCCCCAUCCCCACUACACCCAUUUUUCUAAAACGCCCAAUAAUGCCCCUUUGCUGACUGGACCGCCACGUGGCGUAAAAUGCCCACACUUGGGGGCAUUAUUUUCCCCUUCCACUACACAUGGUCUAAGACGAGACGUAAUAGGUUUUCUAAAUUUGUUGCUGACCAUUUUCAGUUACCGAAACGUCGUCGUUCUAUGGUUGUCGAAACCGGUUUUCCUACUUCUCUUAUUGAUCUUUACGUUAGGCAUCGCGGCACGUUUGGAAAGUCAUCUGAUAAGAAACAGAAGGGGAUUGAUUCACCGAAUUAUUUGUCCUCUGGUUCGUUGAGCAGUUCAUCAUCAAGUGAUUUGGAUUAUAGACCAUCUGUCGCUGCGAGUGACAAAUAUAGUAAAACUGAAGCAGAAUUAAGCGUUGGAAUGAGGAAAUUGAAUCCGGUAUUGGUGGUUGUGUUGAAGGUUUUGUUUAUGAUGGUAUUGGUCUUUGGAACCAAGACGUUUACUAUCGCGAUCACUCUGUUUGCUUCUUUGCUGUUGUUCCUGGAAUCGAGGAGUAAGCGGUUUUUGGGGAGACCAGUUUGCAGUCAAGUGUUGGAGAUUGAAGAACAAGUCGAAUUAAGGCAGAAAGAAUUAGAUGAAGUUACAAGUGAGGUUUUGAUUGAAACCCGGGGUAAGAGUUCUCGAAGAGCUAUGAUGAAAUCAAGGAUCAAGAAACUCGUACCCAAGAAACUUCGCAUUCGCAAGCCUUCCAUUGAUUCAAAGCAGGAAAUAUGUUGCGAGUUCAAGGAAGAAGAAACAGGACGACGAUCUUCAUCAUCCAUUUUGUCGAGUGAAACGGAGUGUGAUGAUGGGAAAUCGGGAACCAAUGUACAGCGGAAUUCUGAUUGUUUGGUUCUGUUUUUGAUUGUUCUGGUUGGAUUGCUCGAAGGGCGGGUUUUUGCGCUUGUGAUUGCGUUAUCUUGGUGCUUGUUGUUGAAGUUACAAUGGAGAAAUGUUCGCUUAAAUCGGUGAAGUUAGAGUGCUUGGAGAUGAAGCGGAACACCAGAGGAUGAUAAUCAAGGUACAUCACGUUGAUCGGGAGUUGUUUCGAUUUGAAAAAUAACUUGGAAGUGCAAGAAACGUGAAAGAAUAAAGUCCAGGGACUGUUUUGGUCAUUUAAUGAAAGUCAAUGUUAUGAAGGAGAUGGAAUGUGCAAUGCUCGACGUAGGUUACGGCUGAUAAAACGUAACUUACGGCCAGCCCAUGCAAGCUAAAAAGAUCCUGGAACAAUAUUCCGUAACCUACGGUUUGGAUCGGUAGGCUACAGUAGGAGUUAUAAGGUUUUAACAGAAAAGAUGUCCCGUAACCUACGGACAGCGGACCGUAGGCUACGGCGGGGUUGGCUGGGACGCGCAUUGUUGACUUUUCAAAGAUUAAAAGAGUUUUUUCCAAACCCUAAUUUAUUAUGUAUCUCUUGCAUGAUUUGGAAGGCACAUAUAGCACACUUUUGGGCAAUCUUCACUUAUCAUCAUCAUAAUUCUUUUCAUAUCAACCAUAUCGAAGAUGCAAUCAUCCGUUCAAGCUUUUGAAGAUCAAAUCACCGAGAUGAGCCUCUAAUUUUCUAGUGGUUUCCUCUGGGUGGAGGAUUCUUGUAAGUAGACAAUUUUAUGUGUUUUUUAUUGUGUUUGAACUUGGUAAUCUAAGCAUUCGAUGCUUUUUAUCAUUUGAUUUGAUUGAUUGAAUUGUAAACGAUUGAAUUUGUUUGACCUUAGUUCUUAUUCAUUCAACUCCCGCGAAUUCUAGUAAUUAGAAA